AGUCGAGUCGCGCGCACCGUGCCCGCCCGUCGCCACGCCGCGCCGUGUGCCGCCGCAGCUCUGCCGCUCUACGAGCCCGUGUCCGCACCGUGCCGUGCCCGCCCUUAUCAAAACAUUCCCGCAUUCGGAUCGAUCCGUAUGUAUUUACACACGAGAGACUACGCAGUGAUAACGUGAACUCUCCACCGCGUCGUGACUGUGACUAAACCCUGACCGCUAAUAGAUACAAGUGUUGUGUUUGACAUGUGAUUUAUAAUUCCGUCUCUACAUAAUAUUAUUUCAGGAUUUGCUGGUUCAAGUGACAUCGAACGUCGCGUCGCGUCGCCGCGGCCGCACCGCUUCUAGUGUCGGCUGCCCCAUGUGCACUGGCGCAAGAAUCGACGGAGCGUUCUGUGUGGCGCUAUGGUUGCGUAAUCGGUCAUCAUGCGCCUCUUCCGCGGAUCGAAGCGUAGGGAAGUGACCGGGCCGCGAGCCGUCACGACGCCGUCUCCGCGACGAGACGCCGCCGCCGCCGACGCCGCCAGCGACCCGCCUCACGACUUCGCGCUUGUAACCGCUCUUCCAGCCAUGGUCAUGGAGGACGAUGUUAGGGAGAUGAAAAAAGUGUUUGCCACAUGGGGUCGUCGAAUGGGCAAGAAACUCGAAAUGCUAAAAAAACCUGAAGUUAAAGAAACAUCGCCAGAACCACCACCUACAGUGGAAAUAAAAGAAGAUGUUUCCGCAACAGUAACGGGUCAAUACAAAAAGAAACCUAAUUGGAAAAUGGGACGAAGUAGUUCUGAUUCAACUUCAUUGAAAAAAGAUAAUGACACAGAUUCUAUAAGAAGUGGUUCAAGAGAUAGAUCCCCUAGUCCUUUUAAGUCGUUAUUCCAUCGAAUGGGUUCAACAGGAAUGUUAAAUUCUUCUAAAUCACAAUCUUUGAAUACCCAUAAUAGCUCGGAAAGUUAUCCUGUUGCAAAUGGGCCCUCUCUCUACAGAAGCUGUUCUACAUCACAUCUUUCAACAUACGUCAAAGCUGACGACCCAUCAGAUGAUAUUGAUUUACAGAAUAACGAUAACGAAAAUAAAAUGUCUCCCUCUAAAUAUAAUAAGUCACUUCCUGAAGAAUCUUUGGUUGCAUCAUCAGCUAAAGCUGUCAGUUGUGAUAAUAUUCCCCAUUUAAACGAUGGGCAAACAAGUAAUGGUGCAUGUAAGAAACCGAAUUUCCCUUACGCAUUUUUGCGCUCCAAACUAUCAGUUCUACCAGAAGAAAAUAGUAUGGCGUCGCAGCAAAGAGCCAGCAGUGUUAGGCAGAGUUUUUCGGAAAGAAUGGAUCGAAGGUCACCUAAAUUUAGAAAAGAAAGACUAUACCCAUCAAAUUCACGGUCAGAGGAGAGAUACCAAAGUAAUGAUAGUAUAUCUAUGCAUGAAGAUAAUACAUACAAUUUACAUAAUAGUGCAUUAAGGAGCGAUUACGAUUUGACUAGAAGUUCUAUAAAAAGUAUUAAUGAAAUCGACAGUGCUCCUUAUGCAAUAGGGCGCACCGAUGAUUUACCCAGGAGAUCAUCAAUGAUAUCCCAAAGAGCACCAAUUGAUUAUGAUCCUAUGCUCAUACCCAGAAACCGGAAUAGUUUACCAGUAUACGAGUAUAAUUCAAUUAUUGAUUCUAUUAGAGAUUUGAAAACUGAACUGGCAUCUUCGUCGCACAGUAUUCAUCACGGACCAGAGAAUGGCGAAGUUCAAGCUCACCGUUUAAGUAAUUACGUUAGUUCUAAUGAGUCAGGAUAUGACAGUGAUGGUAGACCCACUGACGAACAUAGUAACCACUCCCCACCAGGAUAUUUAAGUCAUCUCUCUAAUGGUCCGAUAAGACGGGACCAUAAUAUUGAUUCCGGAUUCGAAGCAACUCAUAGCACAUUUUCAAGACAACUAAGUUUAAACCAUAAAAUAAAUAUAAGUAGGGUGCAAGUUCCGAUGAGGAGAAGUUCUACACCAUGUGCUUUAUUUCCUGUUGAAAAGCAGUUUCAUAUCAAUAUGAAAACGAAAGAAAAGAGGAAAAAAAUAUAGAAUGUACAUCACAAUCUUAUAGUUGAUCACAAUGAUUCCAAACCACCGCCUCUUCCAAAGAAAACAAUUAGUAAAAAGCCGCCUUAUAUUUACAAAACAAUAACUUUGGAUGAAAGAGUACAGACAAGAAAGAUAAAGUUUUUACAUUCACAGCUUCUUCCUGUAGACAAUAGAUCCAUUCCUAACGCUGAAAGUAACCUACUAACUGAAUCUAACUCACAAAUUCAUAAAAUAUCUGAGACAGAUAUUUUUGGUCGAGGUCCCUGUACGAAACGAUUUCGAAAAAUUCGAUUAUUAAAGUCUAGAUUGGAUGAAAGCCUUGGAGUUUAUUUGGCACAACAUAGAGUAGAUUUCGACAGUAGUGGUUUAAAUUAUGAAAUUCGGUAUAUAGUUGUUAAAUUGGACUUAGAUGGAAUAGCGCACCGAGAUGGCCGGCUCAGAAUUGGCGAUGAAAUAGUAAAUGUAAAUGGUAGGGUGUUAAGGGGUUUAUCUUCUUUAAAAGAAGUCCAGCAUAUCGUUAAUUCGUGUUCUACUGAAGCUACUGCAGAAGAAGGUGCUUUAUUUCAAAGGUAUCAAGUCGAUCUCGUUAUGGCACAUGAUGAGAUAACACCGUUCACGUUAAGCAAAAUAAUUAACAGCCAAAGUCACGAUCAACAGAAUCUAACACAUGCUAAUCCUCCUGACAUAAUAUCACAAACUGUGCAUAAACCCUCGCCGUCCAGUCAAAUUACUAUAGAAACACAUUUUCCUACAGAAAACUUUUAUAAUUUCAAUGAAAACUUUGCGAGCAAUAGACAUUCAGCUGAUCUCAAUAGAACAGACCUUAACCGAAAAUGCGAAGGAGGCGUUCAAGGAAAUAAUGACCAUAGAAACUCAAAUCAGAAGAGUGACGAUGAAAAAUUGUUUGAAAAGCAUUGUUAUUCACAGUCUUCUGCAUCUCUACAAAACAUUACAAACAUCGAAAUCUCUAUGAGAUCUUCACCAACGCCACGGUCAAAUCAUACUAAUAAUUAUCGGCCAAUAUCUCUUCACAGUAGUAGACCUCAACCGGCAGUUGGUCAAUAUUCUGUUUACAGCGAUAAUACAACAAAUGAAACUAAAGAAAAUUCAUCACACUACAUAAAACAUGUUCCACGGCUCUAUCAAAACAGAUCCUUUGAAAGUAUACCGGAACAAUUAAGAAAUAGUCGAAAUAGAUUUUUCAAUAGGGUUGGAUCACAACGAAGUUCACCAAGUCACGUAUCACGACACCAAGAAUAUAAUUCACAAGUGAAUCACGAAGGACCACAUGGGGGGCAUUACGCACAUACGAGCAUACAUAAAGCUGAAUUUUGGAAAGGGCCUGGGCAUAAAAGUCUCGGUUUUAGUAUUGUAGGCGGAAUCGAUUCGCCGAAAGGACAAAUGGGAAUAUUUGUAAAGACUGUAUUUCCAAAUGGACAAGCUGCCGACAAGAGUACAAUUUUUGAAGGUGACGAGAUCUUGUCAGUCAACAAUGUGCCAACGCGUGGGCUAAGCCAUGCUGGAGCCAUAUCGCUUUUCAAACAAGUAAAAGAAGGAAAAAUAGAACUGACGCUUUCAAGAAGAAGAGCACCUAGGUCAAGAUCCGUGGAACCUCUCGGAAAUUUUCGAUGCGACAGUAAAAGGGAAUAAAAUUUCUGAGGAACCUUAUUUUCCAAAGAGAAUGUAUAUGUGCAAUAAUAUUCCUUCUAUUAUAUUCACUUUAGCCAAAGGCAACUGUUUUGAAGCUAAAUAAAUACAUGUAUGUUAAGUUGAUUUACACAGAAUCGAAUAAUAUUAAAUAUUACUUUGUAAGUAAAUGUUUUAUAAAGACGCUGUAGAAUAUGUACUGUUUAAUAUCAGUUUACGCUAGUGUCGUUUUAGCUUGACCAUACAAUAAUACACGUUAUUCAGUAUAUGAGCUAAGGGAUGUCACUGGUGUAACGUAAAUAGCUUACUAUUUUAUGUUAGCUUGUAUGAUAUACUGAUACGAUAAGACUGUAUGUAUUAUAGACACUUAGGAAAUAUCUAAUUUAAUAUGUGUAGUCUGCCUAACGAAUAUUGUUAAAACAUUUCAUUAGAAAUGCUAGAUCUCGUUACUAUUUGUAUAGUUCUUCGCGAAUCUCCUACCUUUAACUUGUAAAA